UUUGGUUAUGUGUAUGUGAAAUUUAUAAGCCUUUCCUUAUGAAACCACAAUGAUAUGUUAUAAUACACUUAAUACGUAAUUCUAAACAUCAAAGCAGCAUAUUAUUGGAGUGAGUAAAAUUCGGAUGCUUUAUUUUCGGAUGGUAUCGAAAGAUGGCUCUGGAGAGUGACCAGUGGGAAUCUCUUGCUGCAGAAAGUGACGAAGAGGAUCUAGCUGAUGACAGGAAACACAACCAAUUACUUGAUGCAAUCUCAGCCCUUGAUGGCAAAAAAAAAAAUAGUCUGUCACAACGAACUGUGAUCAACAGUGGCAAGAUUUCUGAGUUUCAGUUCUCGUCUGUUGCUGAUGCUGUUACAAAAGUGAAGCUACAUGAGCUGGUGGGAUCAUUGAAAGAGACAACCGAACAUGGCACCCUAAAACAACAGCUCUCUGUCAUCCAGAAACACAAGCAGACGGUGUCAACACCACUGCCAAAACAUGAGAAGGCAAAGGUAUGUCUGGAAACAACUGUACAUGUUAGGUGUAUCUGUUGGGCUAAGGCCACUGUGAUUGUCAUGCAUCAAAAUCAGCUGUUGGAUUUUGCUAGCAGGAAUUCUCUAGCCUAAAAUCUCUUAUAUUUU